AUGGCCUCGAAAUCCCUUCCUAGACCUCUCCUGAGGCUGGCAGCAACAGCUCAGCAAUGUCGCUUCUACUCCAAACCCUCAGCUUCAAUGUUCAGAGCUUGCCCCGCAUCACGUCGAGCUGGUCGCAACCUGUCACGAGCCACGAGACCAGUCUUUGUUGCAGGCCAAAGACGCUCCAUUUCUGCCAGCUUGCAGCGACGCUACGCUGAUGUCGAGGAGGAAGGCUUCGACCCAGCUUCCGUCGAGCGCGAGUCCGACCAGGUCGAUGUGUGCAUCGUCGGCGCAGGUCCAGCAGGACUGAGUGCCGCCAUCCGGUUAAAGCAGCUGGCCAACGAAGCCGGGGACGAAGAAUUUCGUGUCGUCGUACUGGAAAAAGCUGGCGAGGUGGGCGCACAUAUCCUGUCCGGCAAUGUGUUGGAACCAAGAGCGAUCAAUGAGUUGAUCCCGGAUUGGUUGAGUGAGGACAACGAGAAUCGAUUUACGCAGGCCACGCCUGCUGGGUCGGAUAAAAUGCGAUUCUUGACAAAAUCAGGUGCCAUUCCUAUACCGGCGCCGCCGCAGAUGCACAACGAGGGCAACUAUAUCAUAUCUCUGAGUCAAUUUACCAAGUGGUUGGGUGAGAGAGCUGAAGAGGUGGGAGUCGAAAUAUAUGCAGGCUUUGCGGCAGCCGAGAUCCUAUACAAUAAUGAAGGCGCAGUUAAGGGUGUCGCUACGAAUGACCAGGGUGUGGGGAGAAAUGGGAAGGCAAAAGCCAGCUUUGAGCGUGGAAUGGAGUUCCACGCCAGGGUGACGCUUUUGGGCGAAGGAUGUCAUGGAAGCCUGACCAAGCAAGUGUCCAAGAAGUUUGAUCUGAGGAGAGACUGCCAGCCGCAAACCUAUGGACUCGGAGUGAAAGAGGUCUGGGAAAUCCAACCAGAAAAGUUCAAGAAGGGUGAGAUAUCUCAUACCAUGGGAUAUCCGCUGACGAAGGAUACUUAUGGUGGCGGAUGGAUGUACCACUUCGGAGACAACUUGGUAAGCCUGGGAUUGGUCGUUGGUCUCGACUAUGCCAAUCCCUGGAUAUCCCCUUACGGCGAGUUUCAGCGCAUGAAGCUCCAUCCAUUCUACAAGUCAGUGCUGGAAGGCGGCAAGUGCAUCGCGUAUGGCGCUCGCGCUCUCAACGAAGGCGGCUACCAGUCAAUACCGAAAUGUGCAUUUCCCGGGGGCGCCCUGAUCGGUGACACUGCGGGCUUCCUCAAUGUGCCCAAGAUCAAGGGCACGCACACGUCGAUGAAAUCUGGCAUGUUGGCUGCCGAAGCCGCGUAUCAAGCCCUCGCUCAUAACAAAGAAUCAAGCACCAUCUUCCUGUACAACUACGAGGACGCCCUCCGGGAAAGCUGGAUCUGGCCCGAACUCAAAGCUGUGCGCAACAUGCGACCGUCCUUCCACAACCCUUUGGGCAUCUAUGGUGGCAUCAUGUACUCUGGCCUCGAGGCCUACGUCUUCCGCGGCAUGAUGCCUUGGACAUUGAAGCACAAGCAACCGGACUGGGCGGCCACGAAACCCGCAGAUCAAUUCCCCAAGAUCGAAUACCCAAAACCUGACGGCGAGAUCACCUUUGACAUCUUGACCAGCGUGUCACGGACCGGAACGAAUCACGAAGAGGAUCAACCUGUGCAUCUCCAGGUCAAGGACUGGGAUGCUCAUGCGCAGAAGGAGUGGCCCAAGUACAAAGGCGUCGAGAACCGUUUCUGUCCCGCCGGCGUGUACGAGUAUGUGGAGGAUGACACCAAGGAUAUUGGGGUACGGUUUCAGAUCAACGCUCAGAACUGCAUUCAUUGUAAAACAUGCGACAUCAAAGUACCAGACCAGGACAUCAAUUGGCAAACUCCACAAGGUGGUGAAGGGCCAAGCUAUAGCAUUACUUGA